UGAUUGCAAAGAAACAAUAACUGUCACUUUUACGCCUACAAUUACUUUGUGCUCUACACCAACACCAAUCCCGAAAUGUUGUCAAUCAUCCGGUGGCCCAGGGUGGCAAAACAAAGCUCAUACAAUAGAUCCUGCAAACGUAAACACAGUUGAUAAUAUUGCUAGCUCGCAAGAUUGUUGCAAAGCCUGUUUUGAUGAUUCAGAGUGUCUUCAGUGGGCAUUCUUCUCCUUUCAAUGUAGCCAUCAUAAAAAUAAACCCAAUUUGCCCACUAUUUGUAAUAACACUGUGGUGGAUACUAGUAGUUUUUUUGAUUCCGGAAUUAUUCGUUGUAAUACUGAUACUGAUAUUUGUAUUUAA